GGUAUUAUUGUGAUAAGAAUAAUUCUUAAUUUGCUGGUCAUGCAUCGUUAAGUUCAAGUCCGACUCCGUCUAGGCGGUCCGGUCGAGAUCCCCCUUUUACCACCCAUACUUGGUUAUAUACAUGUACACCAUACGAGGAUGACACUGGGCCUGAGGUUUCGCCUUGAAUAUACCAACACGGCCCCCGCAUAUUAAAUAAUCAUUACCCAGCUGCUUGUCUCUCUCCUGGACAUAAUAGCUGACUCUCGCCCAGUCGAGACCAUAUCACCGCCCGCCCCUGCUAUGCACUCGUGAUGAUAGAUGAGAGUAAUGGUACAAACAGAUUUUGGUUUCUGGUUUGCCGCCCUAACGAAAAAGAAAAGAAAAUUCGAAACUUCGAGUAAAGAAUUAUCUUUAAAUGACCUGCCCCAAUGCGUCCCUGUGAUUUGGACUCCGACUGCAAAAGAAAAGAAGAAAAAACGCUUUCGAUCCAGGGGGUAUCUCCUCAAAACAAAGGUUCAGAAUGUAUGGGAUAUUUCCCCGCCCCUCACUUUGCCUAGUAUACAGGCAGCUGGUGCUGUGUCGCCCUGGGAGUAAGCCAGAGUGGCCAAUGUACAAAAGAGGUGACGGAAGCCGGAGAGGGGGGGGGGGGGGAGAAAAUGUAGACAAUGACGUCGGUGACGUUAACGACCAUGAAUAUCUUCGGGAGGUCAGGCAGCUCUGGAGGAGAGAAAAGAGGCCUAGUGUCGGUGAGGUGGCGGCGUCGGUGAUGAAUGUGGAGGUGACCGCAGUCCCUGAGGAGGAGCUGAGGACGGUAAACCAAUAUCUAAGUUCCGUUGUAUGCGCAGGCCGAUCGUCCCGGGUCAUUCAGUCGUGAAGAUGAGAAGAAAGUGUUCAGAGGCAUUUUAUAUCUGCCUGAUCUGUAGGGAAAAAAAGAAGAAG